ACUGCUCUUAGGGAGGAGAAAUGUCCCUAAUAUCCAACUUGAUAGCUAUGAAAUGAGUUGAGAGGCUCGGGAUCUCACGUGAGACCAGGGAAGUCGUUGGAAUGCCUACUCACAGGAGUAGGUUGCUAUGGGUAUGAUCCCAAACAGCCAGGCUGUUCAGUUCUGGAACCGGUUGCCAUAAGGGUGAACAGGGCGGCCAGCAUGUAGACAGCAGAAAAUGGGGGGGUCCGUGUUUCUGAAGGAUUAAACAUCUUCCUUUGGGGAAAGCCUGAUGCAAAUGGAUGGCAGAGGCUGGGGUGUGUGGAGCCUGUCCUCCUCAUCCUUCAUCAUGGGUACGGGGUCGAGCAUUCUCUCUGCUCUGCAGGACUUGUUCUGGCUGUCUAAAUCCAAAGUAGAGAAACAACUGCAGAUCAUCUCCGUGCUGCAAUGGGUCCUCACGUUCCUCAUCAUGGGUAUUGCUUGCACUUUAAUCCUCAUGUACAUCCUGUGCACAGAUUGCUGGGCGAUCGCUGCUCUGUAUUUAGCCUGGCUGGUGUUCGACUGGAAUACACCAAAGAAAGGUGGAAGAAGAUCCCAGUGGGUGAGAAAUUGGGCUAUAUGGAGGUACUUCAGGGAUUAUUUCCCAAUAAGACUGGUGAAAACCCACAACCUGCUGACCACCAGGAAUUACAUCUUCGGUUACCAUCCGCAUGGCAUCAUGGGCUUGGGAGCCUUUUGCAACUUCAGCACAGAGGCCACGGGAGUCAGCCAGAAAUUCCCUGGGAUCCGGCCGUACCUGGCCACCCUGGCUGGGAACUUCAGGAUGCCCAUCCUGAGGGACUACUUAAUGUCUGGGGGUAUAUGUCCCGUGAACCGUGACAGCAUAGACUACAUCUUGUCCAAGAAUGGCAGUGGCAAUGCCAUCAUCAUCGUGGUGGGAGGAGCAGCGGAGUCCCUCAACUGCACCCCUGGGAAGAACUCGGUGACACUGAGAAACAGGAAGGGAUUUGUGAAACUGGCACUGCGGCACGGUGCCGACUUGGUUCCUGUCUACUCUUUUGGGGAGAACGAAGUGUACAAGCAGGUGAUCUUUGAGGAGGGCUCCUGGGGAAGAUGGGUUCAGAAGAAGUUUCAGAAGCACAUUGGCUUUGCUCCAUGCAUCUUCCAUGGCCGUGGGCUCUUCUCUUCGAACACAUGGGGCUUGCUGCCGUACUCCAAGCCCAUCACCACUGUUGUGGGCGAACCCAUCACCAUCCCAAAGAUCGAUAACCCAUCUCAGAAGGAAGUGGACUUCUACCACAGCGUGUACGUGGACUCCCUGAUCAAGCUCUUUGACAAGUACAAAGGCAGGUUCGGGUUGCCAGAGACUGAGGUCCUGGAAGUCAACUGAAGGGUCCAUCUCAGCAGCACCUCCUUCCCUCAGAAGCAUCUUCUCCGGGAGCCCAAACCGUCAUCGCGUAUUCGGAAGCGUGUGUGGGUGUACGUGUCCUUCUAAAGGAAAUGUUUAAAGUAUUGCUAGACCACAUGUGAAAACCGAUCUGAAAAAGAAAAGCUUUCCUUUGGAUCCAUCCCAUGACAAACCUCUUUCUGUCCAAAAGAGCACAACUCCCCAUGGCUGUCAGGGUUUGGACCGGGGGAAAUGAUUGCCUUUGUCGCCUGCUGUAUAAUGCUGUUGGAUUGCCAGAGGUGGAUUAGAAGCGUUCCUGCAUCCGCUGUGCGAGCUGUUCUGGGGGGAGAGCAGCAGAGCAGCAUCUGUCUGGUUUCCAACCAACAAGAAGAGCUUGGAUUGUGAGCAGUAUUAUCAGUGCGUUGCACGAGAGCUGUGCCGAGACGUGUUCACACAGCACGGGAGCUUUUCUGCUUUGGAAAAGCCUCUCCAAAAGUGCCAGCAGGUUGCCAGGACCCCAGGAGAGAGGUGCAGGAAUGCCAAGGUUGUCAGAGCCCAGUGGGCCUCGAUCUGCACUGUGUGGGAUGCUGUGGUGGCUGGCACUUCACCACUUGUGUUCAGAAUGUCACUGUAGGAGCAGGUCUGUCCUGAGUGCUGUGCUGCAGGAGGAGUGGGACUCCUCCAUAGCCACAGAGCUCCAGGGGCAGUGGGGCGGUGCGAUGGUGUGGCCCGGUGCUGCAGACCCAUGGGAAGCCGGUCGGGGUAAAUGCAACGGGGCUGCUGGUGGUUUGGAGCCUAAAAGCAUUUGGGGAAAGCUAGGAGUAACUUCUGCCCAAAGAUGGCUUUUAACUCUUCUGUCCAGUGAAUGUAAAGGAGUAGCCUUCUCACGCAUAGGAUCUGCAGUGGGUGGAUUUUAAAGUGUUUCUCUGAUGUUUACAUGGAUGCUAACGCUGCUUGUAGUGAGAUUCCUUCGGAGUACAGCGUGUUUAUGUGUAAAGCUGAAACAUUGCACUACUUGCAUGUCUGCCUUCUCCACGCUGCAGCUGUGUUCCAAGCUCUGAAAUGUGCCUUUCUUCCACGCGAUGGACGGUACUUCACAUUCCUGGAAUCUGUCACAUCUGAUAGACUGUUAUCUGACAGAGGACCCAUUUUUUUUUGUACAGAUUUAUAGAAAUAAACUUGGGCAAAACCAA